AUGCUCAGCUUCCAGAGGGACCCCAUCCCGACCUCGCUCACGCGGCUCCCCACGGCCCUGCAGAAGAAAGCUGUGGGAAUGUUCCAGGAGAUUCUACACUACAUGGGGCUCAAGGGCGCGCCUGUCACCCACGAACGUGCGCUGGCGCAGACAGUGGUUCGCAUCCUCAAGUUGGUCCUUGGGAAGCCAGAGAUGCGGGAGGAGUUGUACGCGCAGCUGCAUAAGCAAACGCGGAAUAACCACGACAAGGACGCGUGCUUGAGGGCGUGGGAGGUGAUGCAUCUGUGCGCGUCGGUGGCGCCGCCGGGGGAGCAGCUCGGGAAGCCUAUUACCGACUACGUGCAUGAGGUUGCGAACGAUGCAGCGGUGGACGCGGAGGUGAUGUCCCAGGCACUUGCCACGUGGCACGCGCUCAACAAGGCGAUGAAGGUCGGGGCGAGGAAGAGGGUUCCGACCGUUGAUGAGCUGCUCGCGCUGAAGACUGGACGAGCGCUGAUGAAGGUCAAGACGAAGGUGUUCUUUGAGGACGAUACAUUCGAGGAGGUGGAGUACGACGCAUCCACAACCACUGCAGAGAUCUUCGAGGUGUGUGUGGUAGAGGAAUGGGGAAAGGACGGAGGUAGAGAGUGGAGUCGGAUCGAUAAAUGGGUAGAGGAAUCGGAUCGAGGACAUGAGGAGAGUGUGGCACGGAGUGGGGCAGCCCCGCGUGUUGAGGCUGAACCUGCUGGGUGGAGCUUCGGCGAGACGAGAGAGCGACAAGUGGAGCUGCGCCUGAUGUUCCGCAAGAAGAUUUUCCGGGACAACGAGAAGGCAAUAACGGAUCCGGUUUUCAUCCUGCUCUCGUAUCUGCAAGUGAUGCAUGACUACGGAGAGGGCAACUACCCCAUGCCCCCGGAUGACGUGGCGCAGCUCACAGCGUUCCAGCUCAUUGCGGACUUUGAUGUGCUGCCCGAGCCUGAAGCGACGCUCACGGCCAAACAGUCCCCAGGGGACAGGGGAGGUGGGUGGCCGUCCAGGCGAAAAACCCACCUCCACGUGUGUGGACCUCCGAGAGGUGGGUUUUCCGUCUGGGCGGCAAUGUUGGACUGCACGAGGAAGCAAACUAACGCCACUCAGGACUCCAAGAACUGGCAAGCGGAGGUGCAGAAACGGAUCCCAGUGCAGCUCCAGUCUCUGAGGGAGAAGCCACAGUGGGCGAUGGACGUCCUCACUCGCUACAAAGAGCUGCCAAAACUGACGCCUGAAGGGGCGAAGCAGCAAUCCCUGACGAUAAUUCGAGCCCUUCCCUACGGCUUGUCCUCCUUCUACCACGUGAGGCGCAUCCAAGAUCCCACUGGACUGCUGCCGGAGCGAGUGCUGAUCGGCAUCAACAAGUGCGGGGUGCAUUACUUCCGCCCGGUCCCAAGGGAGUACCUGCAUUCAGCAGAGCUGCGCGACAUCAAGCAGUAUGGCAGCAACCCCGCCGCCGUGUUCCUCAAGGUGCGCGUCGUGAGCUCGCUGCACGUCGUCCAGUUCGAGACCUCCCAAGGCGAGGAGAUCUGCCAUGCCAUCGAGACGCACACCAACGACGCCCUGGCCCGCCGCUCCGCCAGGGAAAGUGCGCUCCAGCACAACGCGCCGACGCUGGGUUCGGGGCCUGCUGGGGGUGGGGCGGCUGGGGAUGGGGGUUCGGGGGGAGGAGGAGGAGGUGGGGUGUUGGGGGAGGGGCAUGGGCAGGGGCCGCACCCGAUAACGGAUGACGAGCAUCGGACAGAGGAGUUGUCGGAGAGCUUGGCAAGGGCCGUCAUGCACAUUGAACAGUUGAACCAAGAAGUGGCAGCGCGGGCAGCAUCAGAGGCGCAGCUUCAGGUCGAGCUGCAGGCGGCGAAGGAGGCGCUGAGGCAGCAAGAGAUGGCGACCGAGGAGGCGGUGGAGAAGCGAGACAGGCUGGCCGAGAAGCUACGGAGGGUGGAGCGGGACCUGCACGUCGCCAUUGACAACUUGGCUUUGGUGGAUGCUGGCUUGCGUGAAUGGGGCUUGCAUACAGGAGGGGCGGUGGCGAGCGGCACGGGUGUAGGCGUGGUGUGCGUGGAUGAUGGGGCCAGGGGGGAAGAGGCGGAGGAGGGCAUGAGGGGGCAGAGGAGAGGGGCGAGGGAGCAGAGGAGGGCGGCAGCAGUGACUCGUGCUGCACGUGAUGCUGCCAUCAGGACAGCAUCAGUGGUGGGCGGAGGAGCGGGUGAGGUGGAGAGGGUAAGGUUGGGGGAGGAAGGGCUGUUGGUGAAAGCACGGAAGAGAGCGGCAGAGAGGUCGCACAGAAGGGAGAAACUGGCGGGGCGGGUGCCGUGA